AAUCUGGAAGAGACUUAAUGCCUCGGCUGAGAGGUUACCUGAGGCAUAAAAGUGACUUAGUGCCUCGGUUGAGAGGUGCUAGAGGCAUAAAAGCUUGCGUAUUGAAGUUCCCCAAGUCUUCCCCCUUUCUUUGUCUCGCGUCUCGCGCAAGAGACAAACUGGGAGGACGCGACUAGGGUGCGACAAGGGCACGAUGAAAGAACGGCGACGACACAACACCGUGAGGGCUGUAGCGACGCUGCCUCCACAAGGGUUCCAUCUUCGUCAUCUUUGCAAGAACUCUUAUUCGUUUCCACAAAUUCCUCCUGGUUCUAAAAUUAAGGUUCUACAGAUGGGGAAAGGGGAAGAACAUUUUGCCUUCUUACUCCUACGCCGCUAUGGAGAGGAUGGAGGCGUGGCCAUGGAUGGCAGCUUAAGGAGUUCGCGAUUGAAGCUCAUGGUUGUGCUUGCGAGGAAGAAAAGAACUCGUCUGCGUCAAUGGAGGUUGGGGUGGAGAAGAUUGAAUCAAGGAGGCGUGAUUUGCUUUCUGGUUCUGUCAAUUGAGGAGGAUGAACUCGCGAAUCACAGUGACGUCGUUCUGGGUUCUUUUAUGGUGGUCUGGUUGCGGAGCGGAAAGGGAAAGCGUUCUGGGUUAUAUGAAAUUAGGUUUCUGAAAUUGGGAAGUCUUGGGUUUCUGUUUUGAUCUUGGGUUGGGAUUUUGUGCUAUUGUUUUGAUUUUGGGUUGGGGUUUUUGUCAGACAUAAAUUUUGGAAACACUUUGGAGUUUGAGACACUGAAGAGCGAUGUAGAUGAAAAUGCAGUUUUAACAGAAGAGGAUAUGGACUUAGGGGAUGAGAAAAGAUAUGAGAAUUUUGAUGUUGGAUAUGAGCCUGAUGAUUUCACCGAAGAGGAUGAAACUAUAAUGGAUGAGCUUGGAAAGUUGGAAGAAGAAUAC